AUCUCCCGCACGCACACUUUCUUCUUCAGCACAUUCUCACACUAGAAUCAGAGCGCUCCAUCAACGGCCUCUUCCCUUUUCAGUGUUCGUUGCCCAAACCGAAGGCUAGAUAGUUACAAGGCUCCAUCAACGACCUCUUCUCUUUUGAGUGUUCGCUGCCCAAACCAAACGCUACAUUGUUACCAGGCAAUCGGAGGAAGAGAGAGCAGAAUUCAAAGAAGUUUCUCGCCUCGUUUCGGUGAUGAAAAAUAAAGAUCACCCAUUUACGCCCUCUUUCCGUGAGGAAACACUGCGUUCAGAGGUAGUAGUGCAGUUUCUUGAUGCUAACUUCAUCUGUUGGGGAACACUUGCAAACAGAGGAGAUGGUCUGCAGAUGGCUACAACAUUGGGAGCUACCAAUUUCCCGUCCUGUGCUGUAAUUGCUCCAGCUCCAGGCGAAAGCAUAACAGUCCUGCAACAGGGCGUCAGUUGAUUGGCAUAAUAAACGUUCUCUCAAGGCACUCAACUCUUUCGCUUUAUGGUCUUUAGAUAGCAUUCAUGCUGACUUUGCAACUCAACAAGCUAGUGCCAAAUGCUCUAAAAAGGGAGCACAACAUGCUUCCUCAAAAUCUCAGGGACUUCAAGGAUGAUCUAAAAGAGGCUGAAAAGCCUAGGAAAUCUAUUUCUUUGAUGAAAUUAGAGUGUUAAAGCCAUCUUCGGCAAGAAAUGGAAUCCCACAUAGAUAGAUACUACAAUACCUAAUAAUGGUUGCCCUAUUUGUAGUCCUAGCAAUGGUAUUACGAAGAAAACCUGAGAUUGAUAUUAAUAAGGGAAAACUCAAAGUUUCAAGUACAGGACAAGCUUCCAGUACUUGUCUGGAUGAUAGUUCAGGCUUGUCAAGCAGAUCUUGCAAUAGGGCUUUAUGCAUGGGCACAUUACCUUUUGCCCAUAGUUAGUAGUAGAAGUUGUAAUCCCCAGUCUAGAGUGAAGGCUACUGAAAGGUUUGAGGCUAUCUAUCCAACCUUGAAGGAGGUUACACUUGCUGGCUCUCCUGGUAGUAAAGCAUUGAAACAAGUUUCAGAGAAGAUAUUUAGUUUUGCUGCCAAAGCAGCAGGAGAAAGUGUUUCAGAGCUAUCUGGAGAAGCAACUAACGUUUUCAUUUGGUGUUUGACACAAAAUGUUGAUUGCUACAAGCAAUGGGACAAGAUUUAUGAGGAUAACCUAGCAGCUAGUGUUUCUGUUUUGAAAAAGCUUUCUGAUGACGCCGAACUAGGCACCUCUUUCGAGUAUGGGAAGCCGAAAAUCCCCUGGUAGAAGGAGUUUGGUCAGCUGAAGAGGAAAAGGCAGAGUCUAAGAAAGAAUUUGGUGCAGAGUCUAAAAAGAUGUAAGCUUCUGAUGGGAGUGAAUUUUAGAAAGUAUGUUUUGUUGAAAUAUCAUCACUAGCUCAAUAAAGUUAAGCCCAAUAAUUGUACGAUCACAUUGUAUAUUUAUUUUAGUGACUCUGCAAGUCUUGUGUCGAAAGAGCUUGUUUGGUAUUACCGAGGUAUGGCCAACACGAUGGGUGAUUUCCAAAUCGUUAGAGGAAUCAAGAAACUCAACAAUAAAAACUACACGUGGGCAACAUGCAUGAUGCCCUAUUUACAAGGACAAGAUCUUUGGGAGAUCGUUGGCGGGUGUGAAACUAUGCCGCCAAAGGAGGAUUCUAACGGCGCCUUGCGUAAAUGGAGAAUCAAAGCAGGCAAAACAAUGUUUGCCUUGAAGACCACAAUCGGAGAAGAGAUGUUAGAACAUAUUUGGGAUGACAAGACACCGAAAGAAGCAUGGGACACAUUCGUGAUGUUGUUCUCAAAGAAGAACGAUACAAGGCUACAACUCCUGGAGAAUGAGUUGUCAACUUCACAACGUGACAUGACAAUUGCUUAGUACUUCCACAAGGUCAAGUCGAAUUGUUGGGAGAUUACUGAACUAGACCCGAAGUCUGCCAUUGUAGAAUCUCGAAUGAAGAGGAUUAUAAUUCACGGAUUGCGACCGGAAUAUAGAAGCUUUAUUACUGCUGUACAAGGAUGGCUCACUCAAUCAUCACUUGUAGAGUUCGAAAAUUUGUUAGCCAGCCAAGAAGCCAUGGCUAAACAAUGGGAGGCAUCACAUUGAAGGGUGAAGAAGAAGCACUCUACACAAGUGAAAGUCGGAGCAAUAAUAGGCCGUCUACCAAACGUGGAUACAAUGGUGACAAAAGAAGUUACAAAGGAACUUCACAACCCGAGAGAGCUCAGAAAAACGACAACAAGAGUUUCCAAGGAAAGAGAUUUGAAGGUAUUUGCUAUAAUUGCGGGAAAAAGGGCCACAUGUCUAGAGAUUGUUGGUCCAGUAAAAAGUCGGUUGAAAGCAAUGUGGCAAUAUCCAAAAAGAAGAUAGAGGAUGAAAGGGAUGUAGAGGUACUAUGUCCAAUAAUAGAAGACGAGCUAGCACUCAUGGCAAUGAUGGAAGAGCAUAUCGAUUACGAGGAUGACUGGAUCAUUGAUUCAAAAUGCUUAAACCACAUGAUUGACGAUCAAAGCGGUGCAAUGAAAGAGGGGUAACCCUCAGAGAAGGAAGAAUUACCCGACCUUGAGCUAACUGAAAAAAUUAUUUUACAGAACACAGAGGAGCAAACGGAAGAAAUUCUUUUACAGAACACAGAGGAGCAAGCGAAAGAAAUUUUUUUAUAGAAUACAAAGGAGCAAAUGGAAGAAAUUCUUUUAUAGAACACAAAGGAGCAAACGGAAGAAAUUCUUUUACAGAACACAAAGGAGCAAACUGAAGAGAUUCUUUCACAAAAGACGGGGGAGCAAAUUGUACACAUUUGCUUAAGUGUUGAUGUGCCUGAAGAUUCAAGUGACACUAGUGUUGGUGAGCAAGAAGUGACUCAACCAAGCGAGACUAGUGAAAAUGAAAUGACACCUCAACAACUCAGACAUUCAAAAAUAAUCCUAAAGGCAAAUCCAGAGUAUGUCAAUGCAGUAGAAGACGAAGUUAAUGAGCCGGAGACAUAUGAAGAAGCAUCACAAAACUCAGCUUGGCAGAAAGCGAUAGAGGAAGAAACUAUAAGGCAAAAUAAGACCUAAAGAAUUGUUUAAAAGAAACGGGUGUCAUAUCCCCAAGAGGAGCCCAAUUGACCCAAAAGAUAUUCCAAUCAAACCAAAUAAGAUUUAAUGGUAAUUAAAAAAACUGUACACAGAGGUGUGAUCUAAUAAGGCUACACUGCACCCAAGGGCGGGUACGAGGUUGACUCUCACAACUUGUUGGGUACUGGGAAGGAAAUAUGACAAGGAAAUACGAACCAAGAUAUAAGGAAAAACACAAGGAUGACCAAGAAAGACUUUAAGUACAUGGCCUUAAGGCAGGACAAAAGGCCACAAGGGAAAAUCAGAAAAACAUGUUUGAGAAGGAGAAAUCGAUGCAAGGUCCCUCAAGGAACUUGGAAGGACAUAACUAAGACCAAGUACUCCUCCCAUGCAUGGUAAUAAAAGUGAACUUUCAAGGACGAAAGUUUUUAAGAGGGGAGAAUUUGUAAGAGCCCAAGUAAGACUAAAGAUACUCGGGUCAGUUUAGUUUUAAGGGAUCCAAAAAAAGGACUAAGAGACCGAAGGAAGGUUAAUGGGCCAAACGAAGAGAUUUUCAAUACCCUAGCAAGAAAUUCUAAGGAUUCAAGUCUUUGAAAAAGAAAUAGUAAUUACUCCGAGGAAAGACGGACUUAAGACCUGAAAACCCACCAAUAAGCCGUGUAUAAGAAAGAAAGAACAAGAGAAGUCUCUAAAACCUUAAAGAAACAAGGUUGUUUAUGUAAAAACUUGUUGGGAACGAGAAAGGAAAUAUUCUCCAAGAUAUAAGGAAAAACACAAAGAUGGC